UCCUAAGAGUAGGCUAGGGAAGUUUCUCCGCAAAAGAUCUGGAUACAUUUUCAUGUUUGCUGGAGUUCAUACCCAGAAUUCGACAUGAGUAAUAUUUACGAGUCCGCGGCCACCACCUUGGACCUGUUCAACACGCCAUGCCUCACCAAGGUGGAGCUGCGUGUGGCCUGUCGAAGCCUCUCCGACCGGGAUGCUCUGUCCAAGCCAGACCCCUGCGUAGUGCUCAAGAUGCAGUCCCACGGCCAGUGGUUCGAGGUGGACCGUACGGAGAUCAUCCGCAGCAGCAGCAGCCCGGUCUUCUCCAAGGUGUUCACGGUGGACUUCUACUUCGAGGAGGUGCAGAGGCUUCGCUUCGAGCUGCACGACAUCAGCAGCCACAACGGCCUGAAGGACGCAGACUUCCUGGGCGCCAUGGAGUGCACUCUGGGACAGAUUGUGUCCCAGAGAAAACUGUCCAAAGCGCUACUGAAGCAGGGAAACACAGCAGGCAAAUCCUCCAUCACGGUUACAGCGGAAGAGCUCUCUGGGAACAAUGAUUAUGUGGAGUUGGCUUUUAGUGCCCGCAAACUAGACGACAAGGAUUUCUUCAGUAAAUCAGACCCAUUCUUGGAAAUCUUCAGAAUAAACGAUGAUGGCUCUGGAUCGCUCGUACACAGAACUGAGACCAUCAUGAAUAACUUAAGUCCCGUCUGGAAAUCUUUUAAAGUCUCUCUCAACACACUCUGCAGUGGAGAUGAAGACCGCCAGCUCAAGUGCACUGUUUAUGACUGGGACUCUAAUGGGAAACAUGACUUCAUUGGAGAGUUCCAGACCACUUUCAGAGAGAUGAAAAGCGAUAUGGAUGGAAGACCGCUGACGUGGGAUUGUAUCAACCCUAAGUACCAGACGAAGAAGAAGAACUACAGGAACUCUGGCACAGUCACCCUCUACCUGUGCAAGAUCAUAAAGAUGCACUCGUUUCUGGACUACAUCAUGGGAGGCUGUCAGAUCCAGUUCACGGUGGCGAUUGAUUUCACGGCAUCUAAUGGAGACCCACGGAACAGCUGUUCCCUCCACUACAUCCACCCGUACCAGCCCAACGAGUACCUCAAGGCCCUGGUGGCCGUCGGGGAGAUCUGCCAGGACUAUGACAGUGAUAAGAUGUUUCCAGCAUUUGGGUUUGGAGCACAGAUACCUCCUGACUUCAAGGUGUCACAUGACUUUGCUGUGAACUUUGAUGAAGAUAACCCAGAAUGUGCAGGUAUUCAGGGUGUGUUAGAGGCCUAUCAGAACUGCCUUCCCAAGAUCCAGCUCUACGGCCCCACUAACAUCGCCCCCAUCAUCAUGAAAGUGGCCAACGCCGCCUCCGAGGAGAUGCACACCAAAGAGGCCAUGGAGUACUUCAUCCUGCUGAUCCUGACGGACGGCGUGAUCACAGACAUGGCCGACACGCGGGAGGCCAUCGUCCACGCGUCCCACCUGCCCAUGUCCGUCAUCAUCGUCGGCAUCGGCAACGCCGACUUCAGCGACAUGCAGAUGCUGGACGGCGACGACGGAAUCCUGCGCUCGCCCAAAGGGGAGCCUGUCCUUAGGGACAUCGUCCAGUUUGUCCCCUUCCACAACUUCAAACAUGCCUCCCCUGCUGCCCUUGCCAAGAGUGUCCUGGCAGAGGUUCCCAACCAGGUGGUGGACUACUACAACGGCAAGGGCAUCAAGCCCAAAUGCAUGUCCGACUAUGAGUCUUCCAGGGCAUUCAGCCCUUGAAUGCAGUGGCUGGCUCUUCAAAUGACAGGAGGCCAGCGUGGCUGAAAGCACGGUGUUUCACACACACAAAACAGCAGGAGAUGCUCUUUCCACCACAUCCACCACACAGUCUUCUACUAACAUCCAGUGCCAUGUUAAAAUAACAGGAACCUUCAGUUUCCAGCUCUGCUUUUCCAAGAUGUAUUGUCAACAAAACUCUAAAAAAAACAACGGGCCCUAAUUUAAAUGACAGGCAAAGUCAUGCAAGGAACAAAGUGUCUUGUGCACAAAGCUGUAGUGUAGCAUGAAGGAGACUAAAACGGACUUGAUGAACAAUGUUUGACCCACCGAUCUUGUUCAUGCCAUUUAAGGUGCUCUAAGCAGUGUUGGGUAAUGUCACUUCUGUUGAUGUUCAAGCUAAACAGAGAGCUAGCUCGCCCCUCCCACCUUGAAACUCUCCUAAAAGCACAUCUCAUCGGUAAUUGGCUGGAAUAGUUUGUUAUGUUUUUAUGGUCCAGGCUGGACCAGGUUGUUUUGUGGGCUGUCCACAGAGUUUACAGUGUAUUCAGGGCACAGGCAGCUAUCUAUGGUAAGUGAUAUUUGCUGUAUGUGGCAAGAAAAAUGUUUUAGCUCAGAAACCAUAACAUACAUGCUUAGAGCAUCUUUAAGUUAGGAGAUGGAUUUUGCCAAGUUACUAAAUUUAGCAUUACAUAGACUCAAACUUUGCCCUUUGUCCAUCAUUUAAACUAUGGCCCUGAGUGUAUUUGUAUGAAAUUGUAGCCCAUGGCUUUUCCGAGCCACUGAAUAUUAAUCAGUAGUCCCAUAGUUGCCACUUAAGAACUAUUUAUGUGUUUUCUUAUAUUUGUUUUGCAUGUGUAGCAGUCGGAUAGGCAGCAGUUAUAAAGCUAUAUCCUUUUGUACAUAGAACUGAUCAAAUGACCAAACAGUAAUUUGCAUGCCAAGCACAUGAGGGAGAGGUUCUAAAACUCCAAAUAUGUCUGACUCGUAGGAGUGUAACAUUAUAAAUAUGUAGAGAGAUACUGUUUGUGUUUCUUUUCUAUAACUUUAACUUUGUCCAAAACCUUUUGCUAUAUUUCUUACAUAUUCUUACAAUGUAAAGGGACAAGGAUACUGUAUGCAGGAAUGUAGCAUUGUGUUAUCAGUUUGUAGAAGCUUAAGGCUCUCUUUCUGUG